AUUCAGAAUUGCUCCACCUGACACAACUUCGGGAUUCAUUGUUUCUCCUUAACUUCGACUCUGUUCUCCAAUCCCAUCUUUUUUUCUUGAGUCUCUUGAAUUCGUAUGAUUUUUUUUGUUAUGUUAGGUUAGGGUUUUGGAGCCAUUCAUAGUUUCCUUGAUUUAAUCGUUGUAUCGAGCAACUGAUCAAUCGUAGCUGAAAUUUAAAUCACCCCCUUUAUUCCUUUUUAAAUUUGGGGUGAAGAUUUCAAUGGCCUCCGCUAAAGAAAGUGACAUCGCUUCCGAUACUCCUUCGCCAAAAAACGUGUACAAGGAUCCGGAUGAUGGGCGGCAACGAUUCUUACUCGAAUUAGAAUUCGUGCAAUGCCUUGCCAACCCUACUUACAUCCACUAUUUGGCUCAAAAUCGCUAUUUCGAUGACGAAGCAUUCAUUGGAUACUUGAAAUAUCUUCAAUACUGGCAACGACCAGAGUACAUAAAAUAUAUCAUGUAUCCCCAUUGCCUCUAUUUCCUUGAACUUCUUCAAAAUGCGAAUUUCCGAAAUGCAAUGGCACAUCCUGCCAACAAGGAAGUGGCACAUAGACAGCAAUUCUUCUUUUGGAAGAACUAUCGAAAUAAUCGGUUGAAGUUCAUUUUGCCUAAGCCUCCGCCUGAAGAAGCUCCUACACCUGCAGUCCUGCCCCCUGCUACUGCUCAACCUCAGCUGCCCUUGUCAACUAGCAAUAUUACUAUGACAACUGCUCCUCCAGCUCCUGCUUCAGCGCCUUCUCCAAUGCCUUAUGGCCUUCCCUCUGGAUCUGCUCUUGUGAAAAAUGAUACGAGGAAUAGUGGAAUUGAUCGAAGAAAAAGGAAGCAUGAAAGAAGCUUAACUUGACCAACUACUUAUGCUGAAGUAGCAGGAUGUGUAUUUCAUGAGGUUCAUUGACCAUUGCUGGGGGAGCCGUUAGUGGACGAACGAUAACACAUUGUAAAGGGUUAUUAUCGCGGCAUAAUUGUUAGAGAACACUAUACCUCCCCAAAAGACGGAUUUACAACGGCGGCAAGCUGUCCUUUAUAUUAACUAAUUUUUGCAGUAGUAUUAGUAUAAACCAUGACACGGGAUUGAAUUUGUAGUGCCCUUUCCUGUACCAUUUUUUUAUUGGAAUAACGUAAUUAAAUUUCUGAAGAAGACAUUUUUGCAAAGCUAUACUGGAUAAUUCUGUACUGCCAGAAACAGAAGAAA